AUGAACGAACAAGUUGCUGCCCUUGGUUGUAGUGACAUGCAAAGAGCGAAUGCACACCUCUCUAUCCGACGCACCCGCGACCCUCCCAAGAACAAAGAAGGCCAAAUCUUCUGCGACCACACUGAUUGUCAGGCUUCGCCGCCUACUUUCCGCCGCCGUUGUGAAUGGAACAAACACAUGGAUAAACACGAUCGGCCUUACAAGUGCUACGAACCUGAUUGCGAAAAGAUUCAAGGCUUUACCUACUCUGGCGGCCUCUUGCGCCACCAGCGCGAAGUCCACAAGAAGAACAACGAGACCAAGAACCCCAUGAUGUGUCCCUAUGCCGAUUGCAACCGCAGCACCGGCAAGGGAUUUACGCGCCAAGAAAAUCUUCGAGAGCACUUGCGUCGUCGCCACAUGCACAGGGAGGAGGGUGCAACAGCCCCAAUUCUUGUGGACAUGCCAUGGGAGCGCGCCAAGGAUGUAGAGGGCGUUCGCGCUAACUAUGUCCCGGCCACUGGUCUCAAGCGCAGACGUGAUUCGUCCGAUGGCGGCCUCCCCGUUCCCCAUAAGAAUGGCGGUGAUCUUUACAACGAAGUCGAGCGACUGCGUCGUGAAGUCCUGGAGAAGGAUCGCCGCCUCGCGCAGCUGGAGCGCAUCGUUGCCGAUCUCCAACAAGCCAUCCCCAAGCCGCCCAUACUCGAAAACGGUCCUCAGCUUACGCAGGCAAUGCCUUCCUUCCCUGGCAACCCGGAUCACCGGCCCCAUAAUUGAUGUACCUUGAGUUACAGUGCUUAGUAUGGUAGUGAUCUUCCGCCUGUGGCCCAAAAAAUCCAACGAAAUUGCUAUCUUUUCAGUAGUGAUUCACUCUGCAUUUGCC